AUGAGGACGUUUCUCAGAGUUUGGGCAUAUCUCAGUUUAAUCGGUUUGUCGCGCGCCGGCGAGCCGGUAGACGUCCUGACGCCCAGGAGUCUCGGCGCCUUCGAGGAAGAGGAGAUACUACGUGUGCUCGCGCGCAACAAGACCUACACAACUAAGAACUACACUUUCGUCGAGUUGAUCAGCAGUCUCGGCAAUUACACGGUCGAUACUGAGAGGGAUAUAUGGAGCAUUGGCAAGCCGGAAGUGUAUCACACCAAUCCGCAUUACGAGACCUUCUCCGAGGAGAUUGACUUCGAAGCGCGCAAGUUAUUGCAAAUUCUUCCCGCGUACGAUCCCGGCGCAGGACAUGUCAGUGCAGAAUGCAAGCGACACUCCAACAUCUUCCACGAGGAGCUCGCGAAAUUUACAUUGUGGGCCCUCAAAAUGUACGACGCGACCGCAAAGGUGCCCUCCGGACUGCUGAGUGGCAACGUCAAUCAAUUCGGCGAUUUUGACGAGUGCGUCGGUGUCGAGGGCAAGGAUGGCAUCCGAGGACAGUACUGUCUGGCGUACUUGAAGCUGGACAUCGACCAGUCCCGGCCCGAUCUCAAAUACCUGCACCGGCUGUUGCAUUCGCACUACGCGUUCCGCAGCAACUUAACCGACGAAGGCCACAGGAUACCGCGUUUUAGCACCAUCAACUGGGCCGUUUGCACGCCCGCGUCGUGUACAGCUGAAGACGUGAAGAACUCUCUUCAGCAUACUAUUUCCAAGUACACAGCUCAAACGGGCUUCAAGAUUACGCUGCGAGUGGAAAAAAACAUGUGCCAAGUGAAGGAAGAAGUUGUUCUACCAAAAGCAGCCAUCGCUGUCAGUCUCCUCAUCGCUACUGCGUUCGUUCUAACUCUGGUAGCUGCUUGUUACGAUCACUACAAGAUACCUGUCAGCGAGUUGCUCUUAUCAUUCUCUCUGAAACGUAACGUCCAGAAAUUGACCUCCCUGGAGAGACCGCAAGGUGACAUCGCGUCGCUGCAUGGAAUUCGGUUUUUCAAUAGCUUUAUGCUGAUCGUCUCUCACAAAAGCAUGGCAAUAUUCUACGAUCCUUACAUAAACCGAACUUACAUGACUGAGAUUUUAGGCAGACCGUGGACUGUGAUUGCGAGAGCGGCUAGUCUGUACACUGAUCCGUUUAUCAUGUUAUCUGGCCUUUUAACGGCGUACUCAUUCAUAGGCCGAUUGAAAAGAACAGGAUCUUUGGAUAUCAAGAACGAGUACUAUUCGCGUUUGUUGAGGUUAGUGCCAACUCUAGCAGCGUUAAUGUUAUUCUGCACCCACUUGUUGCCGUACAUAAGUUCUGGUCCGCAAUGGACCCUGGUGGUGAAUCAUCACGCGGAAAUUUGUAAGAAGACGUGGUGGCGAAAUUUCUUAUUUAUCCAUAAUUACUUCGGAUUCGAGAAUAUGUGUCUCACGCAUACGCAUCACGUGGGCAUAGACAUGCAGCUAUUCGUGAUUUCGCCUCUGAUGAUAUUGCUACUGUAUAGAAGACCAAAGAUCGGCGCGUUGAUGUUGGUAGUCAUAGCUUCAAUAUCCACGAUAUUGAGAUUUUACGCCAUAUACUCCAGACGCCUCAAUAACUACAUAUAUUUCGGCACGUCAAUCAGAGAACUAUUCGAUACCGCCAAUUACUCCUACACGUUACCGUCACAUAGAUUGACCGUUUACAUCAUAGGCAUUUUCAUGGGUUAUCUAUUGAGGUACUUACCGAAAGAUUUCAAGUUGAGCUCGACAACUCUCUAUACAGGCUGGACCGUGUCCACUAUGUUGAUCGUCAUGAUUUUCGCCUGGUCCUCGAGAAUGGGAUCGAUCGAUUACGUGUACAAUCCGAUCGACGCUGCUAUUUACAACGCGUUCGCUCCUAUCGGUUGGUGCACCUUCUUCCUGUGGGUGAUCGCGAUACAACACACCGGCAAUUCCAACGGUUUCCUGAUCAAAUUCUGCUCUUGGCGGGGAUUCCUCAUUACGACGAGGCUCAGUUAUGCAAUUUACUUGACGCAAUUCCCGAUAUUUUUUUUCAACGUUGGACGAACGCGCGCUGCGAUGCAAUACGAUGUCGUCGGGACUAUGAUAAAUUUGAAGGAAAUUAUAUGGAUCGGUAUCAUAUCUGUGAUUCUCACGCUGCUGUUCGACACGCCGUUCCAAAACAUAAAGAACUAUCUAUUAAAGAAACCAGUACAAAAGACCGUAGAAGUAAAGUCAUCCAAAGUGGAGUGAUGCUGUUUCGAAUCGAAACUUUCGACCUGUGAAUGUUUCUGACCAAAUAUCUUAACUCGACUGCAAUGGUUUAGAGCAGUGCUCGGAAUUGGUUGCACGUUAUAGGAGAUUUUUCGAUUCCUCUACUAUCUCUUUCUUGCCACUCGUGACUCAAAAAUGAUCCGCUUGAUAUACUCGUAACACUAGAAUUAAUGAUAAGCCGCAUUACGAUUAAUAAGGUGCAACGUUGUUUCACUCUAUUGGCUCCUGAACAUCUUUCCAAGAUCCAUGUAUUUAUGCGUUAUUGAGCAAACAAGCGCGACGUCUGGAAACUGUCUCAGAAGUGCCAACCGAUUCUGUGAUCACAUUGGUCUAGAGCCUUGUACAUAUAGCGUUUUUUUUAAUUUUACUAGUGAAAUUAAUGUACAAUGCAUAUUAGAGUAGGAUGCGAGUUACCACUUAGGGGGGAAUAUUGUCAUCCUGUAAAAAUCAGAUCACAAGCUCUUUAGCAUUUUACUCGGCUGAAAAAAGUAAUCGGUGCGAUCUAUGUAGAAAACAAGAUAGAUUAAUUUUAACACAAAGCUGUCUACUUUAAGAUUUUCCUCCCGCUUUAACGAGGACAUAUAUUUCAGUUAUACUUCCUAUUUCUUUCCACAUAUGACCAUGGAUAAUUGUAAAUAUUAGUUUUUAAUUAUCAAACAAUUGAUAAAAUAAGACUAAGUUUACGAGAAAGAUAUUUAUAUAUUAUCGAUAUAUCAAGCGGUUACACAUGCAUACGCACACAUACACACAGUGUAGUUUAUAUGAAUGAAAAAUAAUUAAUACAGAGAAAUUAAAACAUGCGAUGCCAAUCUGUACGUGUCUAUACGGAUUGUCAUUGAGUAUUUUAAUUUCUGUCCUCGCAAAAGCAACGAUAUAGAACGUAAUUACUCUAAUAAAUUAAUAUUUAAAAUUAUUAAUAACGAUAGAUAGUCAAUAAAUUUUUAUAUCUAUGAAUCAAAAACAAAAAUGUAGUUAGUGAAAAGUGUAAGCGUAAAUCGAACAAUUGAUCAUGUAAUUGGUACGUUCGCUACGAUAAAUGUAUAGUUUACUGUGUGAGAGGGGAAGACACAGUACUACACAAUGAUACAUAUCGCUCAGGAAAUUUCGGACUGUGUUGUAUUGUAAUUGUUGUUAUUAAUAUUAAAUACGCGUUUUAUAUAAUUUUA